AGUUGUGAGUGAGUGGUAAAACGUCAUGACGAUAACGAUCUUCAUUUUGACGACCCUACUGUCAUGGUCAUCAGUCAAAGGUGGGUUACCAGUCGAACAUGACGUGGAAAUAGAGUGGGAUCUUGAGUCGACACCUUUAGAAAUUAGGACUGAUAGUGUGCUGGGGAGUGACGAUGAGGUGAUGGUGUACUUCUUAUCUGCUGAGGGAGAGAAUGCAGGACUAGUCCAGCUCUACUUCUACUCUACUCCACAAUACUACAUCGACUGGUGCUCCAGAGAAGAAACCAACCUUGUUAUUCUCCCCUCUGAUACUGUCAAGGUGUGGCGUAUCACUCUAACCAGAACUGCAGGUGUUAGACUCGUGAUACACUGUAACGACGAGGAGGUGCUCAACAUACUGCUCUCUCAAUCAACGUGCGGUCCCCCUGAUUGGAGCACUGUCUGGAACAGAGACGUGACAAAGAUAAAGUUCUCUUCCUCUGACACAGCAUCUGAUUACUACGGAACACAAUUACAAUUACCAGGUGAGUUACCAGUCGAACGUGACGUGAAAAUAGAUUGGGAUCUUGAGUCGACACCUUUAGAAAUUAGAACUGAUGCUGUGCUGGGGAGUAACGAUCAGGUGGCAGUGACCCUCUACUCAGGGGACGAGUUUGCAGGAUCAGUCGUGCUCUACUUCACCUCUACUCUACAAUGGUCUCUCGGCUGGUGUGAGAGCGCAUUUGCCGACAUUGUUAAUCCCCCCUCUGCUACUGACAACUUGGUGUGGCGUAUCUCUAUAACCAGAACUGCAGGUGUUAAUCUAGUGAUACACUGUAACAACGAGGAGGUGGUCAACACAGUGGUCUCUGAAUUAACGUGCAGUAAUAGCGCUUGGAGCACUACCUGGAUCAGAGACGUGACAAAGAUAAAGUUCUCUUCCUCUGACACAGCAUCUGAUAACUACGGAACACAAUUACAAUUACCAGAAGAAGAUACAAGUGAAGAAGAAGAUGUAAGUGAACAGGGAGACAACCAGAACUACUCUGAUGCAGCAGCCCUAAAAGUCAGCUUAAUUUUCCUCGUCAAUCUCCUGUUUGCUGUUAAUAUGAACAUCUAAACCUUUUGUGGACUGGAAUGGUUCUACGGUACAAAACACUAUCUUAAAGUUAACAUGGUGUUUUAUCGGGAUGUGAUAGAAAAAAUAACAACUCAAAAACCCGGACGAAUCUAUAAAUUUAUAAUCUAUAAUUAUAACUUUUGAUAUUUAAAAUUUUAAUAUUUUAGACAACUUUUAAUGUUCUAAUAAAAAAUAAAAGAAAGAGACUGCGAUUCAGUAAUUAUUGGUAUUCAUUGUAUGUUUUUUCAGAAUACUUAUUAUAUUUAUUGUAAUAUACAUUGUUUUUCCCGAUCCAUGACUGUGUCAGGACUAGGAACGUGAA